AUGGCCCUGGAUCGUGGUACGCCUGAAGGUGUAGAGGCCUGGCUUGCGGAAGCGUCGACAAAACCUUGGUCGUUUCCCACAACGGUUGGACCAGAACUCUCACAGGAAAUAUUACAACACAUUUAUAAUCACUGGGACACCUACACACCUAAUAUUAAGUUAGGAGUCUUGUUUGCUAUAAUGAGCAUUAGAAAACUGUUGGUGAGCAAGAUGAAGGACGAGUUAUCAGCGAUAAUCGAAAAUGGCAUUCGAGAACAAGAAGACGAAUGGGUUGUUCUGAUAUCGAAAAUGUUGCGGGAUUAUCCAAAUACUUCAGCGCUUGAUUUGAAUAUAGAACAACAUAUCCCGCCUGCUGCUCAGAAUGGACUUCAAAAUCUAAUGAACAAGAUACGACAAAAUGGGAUCAAAUUUCACCCGGUUGAAUAUGCAUUUAUUGAUCGCAAUGUUUGCGAUUCUUUUUCUACGCUCUC